AAUCGAGCUAUCACUAGUAAUGUAAUCGAUGAAUGACCCUCGCCUGAAACAUUCGCAUCAGAAACUGUCAAACGCUGUUUAUGUUUUGAGUUUUGAUUCUCGUGAAAUGCGAUUUCCUUAGUGCAGAGCAAAACGUUUAUCAAUUUUAAUGUGCAAAAAUGAUAUAAAAUACAAUAAAAUUGUGAAAAAUACGCAAUGGAUAAGUUCUCAGAUGUGUGCAAAUUAGAACAAAGUUCGAGCACCGUUGGCGGUUUGAUAAUCAAGAAGAAAGACAAACCUUCCGACAAGGACGUCUUCAAGAAACCGAAACCUUCGUUGUUGGGCCUGGACCGCCUUGCGGCGGCUCAAAGAGCGCGUAAGCAGCAAGAGGCCGCCCGGCUUUCGUUCAAGGAUUCCGACGGAAAUGAUAUGGAAGAAGAUGACCACUGCGAUAGAGAUUACUCAGAGCGGCGCGACAGAAGCAAACACUCUUCUACGUCGUCAUCAUCAUCCUCCUCGAAAAAGUACAGAGAAGUCGCAGUGGAAACCCCUUCAUACAGCGGCGGAGUAAGUGAUGAGGCCAGAAAAAGGUUUAAUGAUCGUUCCAAGGAGGAUUACCAUGGAAAGGGGCUGUAUGCGUCGUCCAAGUCAAAGAAGGAUCGCGAUAGAGAUGAUCGGGAUGAAGAUGACCGUAAACGGCACAAGUUUUCGUCCAGCAGCUCGCGGAGUCACCGUGGAGAAUCGUCCCAUCGGACACCAGGCCACUACAAAGAUGAGCCCCAAACGCCCCGCAGUGAUCGACGCAUGGACGCCUUUGGGUGGGAAGAUGAGGACGACCGGCAAGCUUCGACUUCCACCCGUAAAUCAUCGUGGGACUACCCAACACCGAAAUUGCCGAAGGGUUCGGAAUCCGUCCGAAGCAAUCGUCCGUCUUCCUCGUCGUCCAGAAGAGGCAGAGAAGAGGACACACCGCGGCCAACCCCGGCUCACAAGUACAACAAAUGGGCACCGGAUCGUAAGGAAUCCGGAGCUACGCCUCACAGUAGCAAGAAGAACGUCCCGUGGGAUUCCGAAGAAGAUAAGGAUCUUUGGGAGAAGGAACAGGUGCGUUUGGAUCGAGAAUGGUACAGCAUAGGAGAGGGAUACGACGAGGAGAACAAUCCGUUCUCCGGGACAAGCUCGGAAUAUCUUCAGAAGCGAGAGGAGCAACUCGAGCAACGAAGAAUCAAACGAAUGUCUGCACAGCAGAGGCAGAUCAACAAAGACAACGAGCUGUGGGAGAAGAAUCGUCUGCUCACGUCCGGAGUGGUGAUGUCAAUCAAUUUCAAUGAGGACUUCGACGAGGAAGCUGUGGAGAGGGUCCACCUGUUAGUGCACCAUACGGUUCCACCCUUCCUCGAUGGGAGAAUCGUGUUCACGAAGCAACCAGAACCAGUUAUUCCGGUGAAGGAUGCCACCUCGGAUAUGGCAAUGGUUGCGCGAAAAGGAAGUGUUCUGGUCAGAACCUACAGAGAACAGAAAGAGCGUAGAAAAGCCCAAAAGAAACAUUGGGAGUUGGGUGGCACCAAAUUAGGAAACAUAAUCGGAGUCGAAAAGAAGCAAGAUGACGAGGAUUCCAAAUACGAUGCGGAAACGGACACCGCGGACUAUCGCAAGGAUCAGAAAUUCGCGGACCACAUGCAGGCACAGGACGAUGGUGCCGAGUUCACCAAGAAAAGACCCAUCUACGAACAGCGUAGGUCACUGCCGGUGUUUGCCGUGCGUCAGGAUCUGCUUAAUGUGAUUCGCGAAAACUCGGUCGUCAUCAUUGUUGGUGAAACUGGAAGUGGAAAAACCACACAGCUGACUCAGUAUCUGCAUGAAGAUGGUUACAGUCGUUUGGGAAUGAUUGGGUGCACGCAACCUCGAAGAGUGGCCGCCAUGUCGGUCGCCAAACGUGUUUCGGACGAGAUGAAUACUAAACUGGGUCAGGAAGUGGGCUACGCUAUUCGAUUUGAAGAUUGCACGUCGGAGAAAACGGUUAUCAAAUACAUGACGGAUGGUAUUUUGUUGCGAGAGAGCUUAAGAGACAGCGACCUCGAUGGCUACUCAGCGGUUAUCAUGGACGAAGCUCACGAACGUUCUUUGUCUACGGACGUCCUUUUCGGACUGUUAAGAGACAUCGUAGCUAGAAGAAGGGAUUUAAAGUUGAUCGUCACGUCUGCUACUAUGGACGCUACGAAAUUCGCAACGUUUUUCGGCAAUGUUCCAACAUUCACCAUCCCUGGUCGAACCUAUCCAGUAGAUGUCCUGUUCAGCAAAAACGUUUGUGAAGAUUACGUGGACUCGGCAGUGAAGCAAGCCCUGCAGAUCCAUUUACAGCAGCUGGAAGGGGAUAUGUUAAUCUUCAUGCCUGGUCAGGAAGAUAUUGAAGUCACUUGCGAAGUCCUUACCGAACGCCUAACUGAAAUUGAAAACGCCCCGCAGCUAUCUAUCCUUCCGAUCUACUCACAACUCCCAUCCGACUUACAAGCGAAAAUUUUCCAACGUUCCGCUGAAGGUCUUCGAAAAUGCAUCGUCGCUACCAACAUUGCCGAAACUUCGCUGACAGUGGACGGAAUAAUCUUUGUCAUCGAUUCGGGCUAUUGCAAACUAAAAGUUUACAACCCGAGGAUUGGUAUGGACGCCCUUCAGAUCUAUCCCAUCUCACAAGCCAACGCGAAUCAGCGUUCUGGUCGUGCCGGCAGAACAGGACCGGGACAAGCCUUCCGUCUGUACACCGAACGGCAAUACAAAGACGAACUGCUGGCGCUGACAGUUCCCGAAAUCCAGCGAACCAAUCUUGCCAACACGGUUCUGCUGCUGAAAUCUCUCGGCGUCGUCGAUCUUCUCCAAUUCCACUUCAUGGAUCCACCGCCCCAGGACAAUAUUCUCAACUCGCUCUACCAACUUUGGAUUCUGGGGGCCUUGGAUCAUACCGGAGCCCUGACGUCGCUGGGCCGACAGAUGGCAGAAUUCCCACUCGAUCCGCCGCAGUGUCAAAUGCUGAUCGUAGCAAAUCAGAUGGGUUGUAGUGCGGAGAUUUUGAUCAUUGUAUCAAUGCUCUCCGUUCCUUCAAUUUUCUACCGUCCCAAAGGAAGAGAGGAAGAAGCCGAUAAUGUUCGAGAAAAAUUUCAAGUUCCAGAAUCGGAUCACUUGACAUACCUCAACGUAUACCAACAGUGGAAAAUGAAUAAAUACUCGUCCAACUGGUGCAACGAACACUUCAUCCACAUCAAAGCCAUGCGCAAGGUGCGCGAGGUUCGCCAACAGCUCAAGGAUAUCUACGUCCAGCAGCGUCUCAAGGUGCAAUCCUGCGGCACAAAUUGGGACAUUGUGCGGAAGUGCAUCUGCUCGGCAUACUUCUACCAAGCGGCCCGGCUGAAGGGAAUCGGCGAGUACGUGAAUCUGCGAACGGGAAUGCCCUGCUAUCUGCACCCGACGUCUGCCCUGUAUGGGCUGGGAACGACACCAGACUACGUGGUGUACCACGAACUGGUCAUGACAGCUAAGGAGUACAUGCAGUGUGCGACAGCCGUCGACGGGUUCUGGCUGGCCGAGCUUGGACCGAUGUUCUUCUCGGUGAAGGAGACCGGCAAAAGUAGUCGCGAGAAAAGGAAGCAGGCCGCCGAGCACUUGCACCAAAUGGAGUCGCAAAUGCAGAAGGCACAAGAGCAGAUGGAAAAACAGAAACAGGAGGAAGCCGAACGUCAACAGCAACAAAUGAUCAAGCAAGAGAUCAUUACACCGGGAGCAACGCCAAGGAGGACUCCAUCGCGAAUAGGCUUAUAAACGAAAUCUCCUCACAAUCACAGCGCUGCUCAAAUAUCACAAACUUCGGAAACAUCCAACUACGGCGUUCGUGCUUUCACUUAGUGUAUCAGAUCUCUUUUUCUGUGCAGUUAAUAUGCCUCUCACGGCAAUA